GCGUGUCUCAUUCAUCUCCACCCCUUCCCUCCUUUCUAAUUUCCUCAACUCUGUUUGUCUUUCUUCCACUUCUCUUCUUCACUGUCACAUUGAGUCUUCCCUCACCACGCCAUGAAAAUCAGGGUUCUACACUGAUCCUCCUUGAUAUAUUUCUCUCUAGAAACUUCCAAUUGAUGGCUACGUCUUCUCUUCUACACCUACCCGAACUUCACUUUCUUUCUCCACAAAUAACUCUCAACCGCCGUUUCUCUCCCCCUUCACGUUCCAUUUCCAUCCUUUCUACCUCCAAUGCUACUCUUCGCACCACGCGAAUCCAUGCUUCGAAAGAUGAAUCCGCGUUAGCCGAGCGAGUGAACAACGUGGAGUGGAGCGGAAACGGAGUUGCGUCCCGCGCCGGCGGCAUCAAAGGCAAUGGAGCUGCGGGAGGAUAUGCUAACGACGUCGUCAAAGGAAGAUCGGUGGAGUAUGGAUAUGGAAACGGUGUAGCUGCUACGGAAGUUGUGGAAGUUGAAGCCUCCAAGGUGAAUGAGGAUGGGAGGAAGAGAAGGUUGGAGGAGAUUGGAAAAGAAGACGCGUGGUUUAAACAGACUGAGAAAGAACAAGUUGAGGUAGCAGUUGCUCCUGGAGGUCGUUGGAGUAGAUUCAGGACUUACUCUACAAUUCAAAGAACCUUAGAAAUUUGGGGAUUUGUUGUAUCGUUUAUCUUUAAGGUUUGGCUGAGCAAUCAGAAGUUCUCUUACAAAGGAGGAAUGACCGAGGGAAAAAAGACGUUAAGGCGGAAGACCCUCGCCAAGUGGCUUAAGGAAAGCAUUCUGAGAUUAGGUCCUACAUUCAUUAAAAUUGGUCAGCAGUUCUCCACUAGGGUGGACAUUCUACCUCAAGAAUAUGUUGACCAGUUGGCCGAACUUCAGGAUCAAGUUCCUCCAUUUCCCUCUGAGACUGCUAUAGCUAUUGUUGAAGAAGAGCUUGGAGCUCCUGUUCGUGAUGUCUUUGAUCAGUUUGACUAUGAACCAAUAGCUGCUGCAAGUCUUGGUCAGGUACAUCGUGCAAAAUUGAAGGGACAGGAGGUUGUUGUUAAAGUGCAAAGGCCUGGUCUCAAGGAUCUUUUUGAUAUUGAUCUAAAAAACCUGAGGGUUAUUGCUGAAUAUCUUCAAAAAAUUGAUCCAAAGUCAGAUGGUGCAAAGAGGGAUUGGGUUGCUAUUUAUGAUGAAUGUGCCUCUGUCUUAUAUCAGGAGAUUGAUUACACUAAGGAGGCUGCUAAUGCAGAAUUAUUUGCAAGUAACUUUAAGAACAUGAGUUAUGUGAAAGUUCCUACAAUCUACUGGGAUUAUACCACGCCACAGAUUCUGACAAUGGAGUAUGUUCCAGGAAUUAAAAUAAACAAAAUACAAGCUUUAGAUCAACUAGGCGUUGAUCGCACAAGGUUAGGGAGAUAUGCAGUUGAGUCGUACUUGGAACAAAUUUUAUCGCAUGGUUUCUUCCAUGCUGACCCUCAUCCUGGAAAUAUUGCAGUUGAUGAUGUCAAUGGUGGAAGAUUGAUCUUCUAUGAUUUUGGAAUGAUGGGGAGCAUCAGUCCAAACAUUCGAGAAGGCUUGCUUGAAACAUUUUAUGGAGUGUAUGAGAAGGAUCCAGAUAAGGUUCUUCAAUCAAUGAUUCAAAUGGGUGUUCUUGUCCCGACUGGAGAUAUGACUGCUGUUAGGCGAACAGCACAAUUCUUUCUUAACAGUUUUGAGGAGCGCCUGGCUGCACAAAGGAGAGAGAGAGAGGAAGCAACAGGCGAACUUGGAUUCAAAAAACCAUUAAGCAAGGAGGAGAAAAUAAUGAAGAAGAAACAACGUCUAGCUGCUAUUGGCGAAGAUUUAUUAUCCAUUGCCGGAGACCAACCCUUCCGAUUUCCUGCUACAUUUACAUUUGUUGUAAGAGCCUUCUCAGUGUUGGAUGGCAUUGGAAAGGGCCUUGACCCGCGUUUUGACAUUACUGAGAUUGCCAAACCUUAUGCUCUGGAGUUACUAAGGUUUCGUGAGGCAGGAGUUGAAGUUGCUUUAAAGGACUUCAGGAAGAGAUGGGACAGACAAUCUCAAGCAUUUUACAACUUAUUUAGGCAGGCUGACAGGGUUGACAAGCUUGCUACAGUUAUCCAAAGACUGGAGCAAGGAGAUCUAAAGCUCCGAGUUCGAACCUUAGAAUCCGAGAGAGCAUUCCAGCGUGUUGCCACAGUCCAGAAGACUAUAGGGAAUGCAGUAGCUGCUGGAAGCCUAAUAAAUCUUGCCACCGUUUUGUAUCUCAAUUCAAUUCGUGUGCCUGCAAUUGCAGCAUAUGUCUUCUGUGCAUUCUUUGGUUUCCAAGUGCUCUUUGGCAUUGUAAAGGUCAAGAAGCUAGAUGAACAGGAACGAUUGAUAACCGGAACUGCAUAAACAACUACAAGAAUUUGGACAGUAUGUAGCACAUGAUAAGGUCAUGUUUGCAAGUCCACCUCCAAACCAUGAAAGGGAACUUCGGGAAAAAGUAAUGCCCAACAUUUUCAGAAUUCAUCAGCAGAUGCAAAAUCUUUCGACUAAAAAAUUUGCAGGAGGCAUUUUAUGUUCAUCACCUGUUCCUGAUGCUUUGUAAAAUUAUAUCGAGCUCUGCAUUAGUUAGCCGUAUUUUUGUCAUUUAUCACCCCCAAAAAAAUAAUAAAGGCAUAGUCGCAUAAAGUAAGUUUUGUAGGCAUGAUGUAAGUUCUGUAUAUAUCCACUAUAUUACACUUGAACUUAACUGAAAUUGUAAAUUUAAUUAUUUUUUUUUAUAUGUAGAAUGACUCUUGUAAUUACCAUGGUAUGAUUAUGAUGCAGCCUCCUAAAAUAUCUGGAGGAGAAGCUUAACCUGACAUUGACAUAAA